UCUCUCUCAGUUUCUCGGCUUCUCGCCGAAAACUCUUGUUCAUCGAAUCCUCUUCUUCGCAUAAUUUGUCGCCAUGAAGAUUCUUGCGCUUAUUGGAGCUUGGUUUGAAGCUUUUCGAAACAAGUUAGAUCUCCCAUUUCGUAGAUUCGAGGUAAUGUCUCUUGUCUUUUACCAUCUCGCUUCGUCUUCUUUUUUGCUGGCUAGGGUUUUUUCUUGUUCAUCGAGUCCGGUUAUGAUCUUUCUUGUUAUUGGAGCUUGGUUUGAAGCUUUUCGAAACAAGUUAGAUCUCCCAUUUCGUAGAUUCGAGGUAAUGUCUCUUGUCUUUUACCAUCUCGCUUCGUCUUCUUUUUUGCUGGCUAGGGUUUUUUCUUGUUCAUCGAGUCCGGUUAUGAUCUUUCUUGUUAUUGGAGCUUGGUUUGAAGCUUUUCGAAACAAGUUAGAUCUCCCAUUUCGUAGAUUCGAGAUGGCGUCCACCUCCUCAGCCACCUCCUUGACCAUUGAUGUUCCUGAGAUCAAUGAACUGCCCUCCAACUCGGAUUCCAAAGAAGAGGACGUAAUUACUGCUUUCAAACUUGAAAUGAAAGAACUGAAGGAGGCGAUGAUGAUAGAACUCGAAAGCAUUGAAAUAGGAGGAAAAGUAAGAAUAUCAAAGCAGCUGGUUGCUCUUGGGUUCUGCCUCCCAGCCCUUGUAAUGUUUGGUUUGGCGAUUAAGGAGGCUGAACAGGAAGCCGAUAAGCUGGAAAUUGGAGCAAAAAUGUUAUCGACUUGCGCACUGGUCAUACUUUUUUGGUGACUACGUUAUUUUUUUGGACAUCCUACCAGUUGAACCGCAGCUGUCAUUCUGAUGUCACUUACAAUGAUUCAGAGCAAACAGAGAAAUAGAUUGUCACAGUUGCUAGAAUAAAAUGUCUCCUGUGAGUUAAUAAUCA